AUUCUAUUUUCCACACACACCAAUUACAACAUUAAUAUACCAAGUUUAAUUUUAAAUAAUUAAUUAUGGGUACAACUUCUGUAGCACGACGAGAUGGUGGAGUCACUAGGUAUCUGCCUGCAGGUUUUCGUAGGGAAUCAUCGAGGCAAAAGCUACAUCAAUCUUCAGACACAAAUUUUGUGGAUGUUGAAUUUGAAUUUCUUGAUGAUUGUGAUGUUGGUUUAGGUGAUAGUUCAUGUAGUGAUGAGUUUAAUUCAAAUGAAAGUUUUGAGUUAGAUGCUGAAGAUGAUGGUGAUAAAUAUGAGAGGGUUAAUGAUGGUAGUAACAAUGACGAUAAUAUUAAUUUUUGGGACAACCAACUUCAGCUUUUACAGACGAACCUAUAUAGAACAAGUUGUGUGGAGUUAAAUAUAAGAAACGCAACGAAAGAAGCGAUUGAAGAUAUACAUAGAAGAUCAUCAUCAUCAGAAAUAGAAUGCAGUUGUAGUAGACAGAUAGGUGCAGCCAGCUCAUGUUCAAACUGUUUUAUGAGACAAGUUUCUAAGCGCCUUCAAAAUGCUGGUUUUAAUAGUGCCAUUUGUAACACUAAAUGGACUAGCUCACCUACUCUUCCAUCAGGGGAGCAUACAUUUUUGGAUGUGAUAUAUAAUACAACAACAAGCAAAGAGAAAGGAGAUAUUAGAGUGAUGAUAGAACUAAAUUUUAGAGCACAAUUUGAGAUGGCAAAAGCAAGUAAUGACUAUAACAAGCUUGUGAGGAAACUCCCUGAGGUGUAUGUGGGUAAAGUAGAGAGAUUAAGCAACAUAAUCAAGAUAAUGUGUAUGGCAUCUAAAAGGUGUUUAAAGGAAAAUAAAAUGCAUAUGGGACCGUGGAGAAAACAUAAAUAUAUGCAAGCUAAAUGGUUAGGUCCAUGUAAAAGGAACACUUCAACAAAUUCACUUUCAAUGGGAUAUUCUGAAAAGAUACCAAAGCAAAAGCCAAAGGCAUCAAUGUUAACGGUAGAUUUGCUAGAGAAGAUUCCCAAUAUGCAUUGCACGGCUGUUAAAGUUGUGUAAUUAUUAUUUAUUCAUUAAGGUAUAUAGAAGCUUGAGUCAAAAAUAUAAAUAUUAGAAGUUUUUUUUUUUUUUCCUUUAUGUCUAUAAUGAGAAAGGAGUGAAUUAGUAUUGUUUCAUAAGUAUGUAAAAAUAAUUUAUAGCAAUACGUAGGCAUUUAGAAGCUGCUCUAAAUUUCCAAAAUCAAAUAAGAGGUUGAUAAGGUAGCGUUUGACUUGUGAAUAGAACAUUGCAGUUUGUGUUCACCAAAAUAACGAGUAUUGCAGUUUUGUUAUUUUGUUCAUUACUAUUUCUUUUAAAUUUUUUUAGGUAUAAUUAAAAAUGAAUAUUACAUUUUAUGUAGCAUUUUCUCAUUUGUACGGUGUAAAAUUGGAUAGCUUAUAAUGUAAUGAUCAUUUCACAA